AUGGCCCUUCUUCAAACGCAGCGGGUGGGUCUCGUCAUACUACUCGACGAGACCCGGAACAUCAACAACCAUCUGGACACGAGUCUCGCAGCUGUCCCAGACCAGUGGAUAGCCACGCCAGCGGACGAGAUAACUCGUCCGGACGCCAUUCACGUCGCGAAUCCACCAAAGGAUGUGGUGGUGGCGGGAACACCUGAUCCGGCUCGAGGUUCGGAUCAGCUUGAUGUUCAGGAACUGAACCGUGUAACGGAACAGUUGAAAGAUGACCUGUCUCAUGAACGGACUCGGCGUUAUGAGCUCCACAACCUUGUAAGGGAUAAUUACAAUUCCUUAGCGCACGAUCGUUCGAACGAUCAUGCCGCGUUUGCGUUCGCGCAACUUGAGAACGAACGUUCGAUUCUUUCUCUUCGUGACGAGCUGGCUGCAGCUCGUCGAGACAUCGAUCAACUGCAUGAGCAGGUUGAUUCGCUAGUCGACCUGACUGGCUCGUUGGAAUGGGACCACUCGAAGGUGAUCUCGGCCCUUGACCGCGGAGGUGUUCUUCGCCUCUCUAAAUGGGCUAGUACUGAUAGUACGGGCGGAGACGUCCAACGUAACACGUAG